AUGGUAUUAGACAACGCUAAACCCGCUACAGCCUCUUCAGGCCAGCGUCCAAGCAACACCAUAGAAAAUGUCACAAACGACAUCAACAAGGUCGACAUACUCAAAAGUGAGCUCAACGCCCCAACAGACAGCCAUGCCCUCGCACACGCCGAAGUGGAAGAGGCCAGCUUGAUUCACACAUCGCCAGAUGAUGAAGCCACUACCGACAUUGGCUGGCAACAGCAGCCACACGAAUUCGAUGAACCUAUCGUUGGCGGAAUAUCAAAUGAGGACUUGUGGAUGUUGAUUCGACGAUUCAACAAGCAAAUAUACCAUGUCAGGGAUACUCCUACACUCCCACUCGACAACUUAGAUCUCAACCCUGUUGAGGAUGAGGAGUUCUCGCCCGACAAGCUCAGGUCAAACAUUGAGCGUUUGUAUAUGACGGUCAUUGUGGGUUUGAUGAACUCGUACAAACAUAUUGUUAGACUCAGGUCAUGGCGUGAACAACGACGUACUGCUGCUUUCUGUGCUGUCUACUUUGCAGCAUGGAUUUUGGACCUCGUUGUACCUGUGCUGCUCUCCGUUGUGGUCGUCUUGAUUCUCUACCCGCCUAGUCGCUCAAUCCUAUUCCCUCCUGCACCUAUUGCUUUGGUUGAUUCUCAAACCGGCGGUGUUCAAAAACCACGAGCCGGCGUCCUCGGAUCCAAAGAUAGUCUCACUGGUGCUCCAGAGCGCUAUCGGGGCGAGGCCGUCGAGCGAGAAGCUAGCAACCUGGUUAGCAGUGUCGCCGGCGUGGCCAUAGGAAGUGCAGCGGGCAAACACGAUCCAGCGGUUCCUGAUGAUGCUCCAAUGGAAGACAAAGUCCCGGACGUGACGGAUGUGGCAUCUCAGGUCGGUGAUUUGCAGAAUUCAGCAGGCGGAGGAAUCCCAUCAACCAAGCAUGACAAGACAAAGAAGCCGAUGUCGGAUGCUGUUUGGCAGAAAAUGAAGCCGGUUAUGCAUAUACUUGGUGAUAUAACAGAUACAUAUGAACGAUUUGGCAAUGCAUUAUCUCCAGCUCCGCCGUUCCCUAAAUAUGCAGCUCGCCUAAGACUUGCUGCCAUCUUACUUCCAAUGGCCUUGGCUUCACUUUUCAUUACUUCCUAUAUGGUCGUGAAGGGCACCGGGUUCAUGUUUGGCUUUGUCUUUUUCGGUGACCCUAUUCUGGUCAGAGGUGCCAAGUACCUCAAUCGCCGAUUCCCUCAUUGGCAAAAAAUCUUGGAACUACGAAACUCCAUCCUCAAAGGUGUACCAACAAAUGCUCAGCUUACCAUCACCCUUCUUCGCCUUGGAGAAGUAAACGGAACACCAAUUCCUCCACCUCCGACAUCUCUCGAUCAGGCACCCUCAAAGCCUGCAUCUAUCCACGAAGAUAUCCCCCUCGAUGCAUCCCAAGCUGAGAUCGAAAGUGCCGUCAGACCCGAUCCGACCAUCACCAAGCAAGUUACCGAACCAAAUUCUCACCUAAACGAAAAAUCCAAGAAGAAAGGUUUCGUACCUGCUAUGCUUCGAUUCUUCAAAGGGACAACUGCCAAGGGAGUUGAGACUAAGUUGGCAACGAACUAUGCUCUGGCUGGUCUUGGCUACCGAAAUGCAAAAAAUCAUCUUGGUAUUCUUCCCAAGAAGGGCCUUGAGGUAUCACCGCGUGGACCGGUAGACUUUCAAUGUCGGUACAUGGGUAAGAAAGGAUGUCUAGUGCUUGAUUGUAGUAAAGAGGAGCCUAUUCUUUAUUUCACUAGCGAAACGGGUACCCAGCCACACAACCUUGAGGAAGCAAAGAAGGUGCUUUUCGCUAUUCUUAUCAAGGAUAUACGCCAUCUAAAGAAAUUAGGUGGAAUGGGCUGGAAGGGAAAGCUCGUUGUUGGAUGGGCCGAGGCUGAGAAGGAAGUUAUCGAUGGACUGCGGAUUAUAGGCAAAGAUCCAAAGCAGAAUUUCCAUAUCACGGCGAUGAAAACGAGGGAUCAGUUGUUUAACCGACUGAUUGCUAUGGGAGAUCAGGUGUGGGAUAUUUGCUAA